ACCCAAACGGCUACUUCUCCAUUGAAAAAAAACCUUAUAAAUAGCCAUCACCAACACCAAUCCCUCUCACAUUUCCAACACCAUUUCUCUUGUCAAGAAGAUAUUCCAUUAUUGCCCUCCCUCCAAUGGCUUCCCGUUACGAAGUCGAGGUCACGAUCGUAUCGGCCAAGGAUCUGAAGAACGUCAACUGGCGCCACGGCCGCCUGAAGCCGUACGCCGUCGUCUGGGUCGUCCCCAGGAGCAAAGUCACCACCAGGGUGGACGAGGAGGGGGACACGUGCCCCUACUGGGACCAGAAGCUCGUGAUCCCCUUCAACACCCCCGUCGACGACUCCUACCUCUACAUCGACGUCGUCCACGCCAAGGCCGCCGAGGGUACCAAGCCCCUCGUCGGCUCCGCCCGCCUCCCCCUCCGCGACGUUGCCCUCGGCGAGCGAGCCGUCAGGAAGCUGGAGUUGACGCGCCCCUCGGGCCGCCCGCACGGCAAGCUCGACGUGAAAGUCGCCGUGCGCGAAACCCGCUAUCAAGCGCUGGACCCGUACUACGCCCAACCCUACGGCGUCCCACCGCAGAGCUCUAGGGACCCGUACUCUGCAGCUCCGCCGGCCUACGGUGGCAGCGCCUACGGGGCACCGCCAGCGAGUCCUUACCAGGCGGGUCCACCUGCCGGGUACCCGUCUUACGGUCAGCCAGCUCAGCCGUCUUAUGGGCAGCCGGCUCAACCGUCCUACGGGCAGCCGGGGUACGGGGGAUACGGACAGGGGGAAACACAGUACGGGCAGGGUGGGCAACAACAGCAGCAGGGAGUUUACGGAAGACCGGAGCAGAAGAAGAAGGGUAUGUUUGGAAAGAUGGGGACGGGAACGGGAUUGGCAGUGGGGGCGCUGGCGGGGGUGCUGGGUGGGAUCGCGCUGGUGGAGGGGGCCGAGUUCGUGGAGGACAAGAUCGCCGACGACGCAGCGGAUCGGGUGGAGGACCGAGACAGGUACGACGACAAUAGGUACGAUGAUGGCGGGUAUGGCGAUGGUGGUUAUGAUGAUGACUACUAGAUUGGGUCCUCCCGAUGAAAUGUGUUUGGUUUUUCUUUUGUUCCGAUCCUGCGAAACAUCAGAUCAGAACUUCUCUCUUUCUCUCUCUCUCUCUUUUUCCUUGGAAAUCUGAUUCGAGUCGUUUGACUUUUCAUUGGCUUGGCUUGGCUUGGCUUGCCUAGUGUCGUCAGCUUCUACAUUACUAGAAUAAACGCAUUUGGCUUGCAAUUU